CAGCCUGUGGAACUGGAGCAAACAUUCUUUCUCCCGGACAGAAAAUUGCAGUUUGAGACUUCUGAGGAAGUGCUGACGCCAGCUGAGGAAAAUGAAAGAGAAACUAUCUGCUCUGGAUUUCAAGCUGGGCAAAGAGCUGCAGACUUCACUCCAUUUUCGUUUCAGCAGCAAUGGCGCUGUUUCGUGAAGAGUUCGAAAUUGGAGACCUGAUUGAGAUAUUCCGUAUCGGCUACCAGCACUGGGCCAUCUUCAUGGGGAACGGCUACGUGAUCCAUCUGGCACCUCCAAGUGAAUAUGCAGGUGCAGGCUCCUCCAGCAUCUUCUCAGUGCUGAGCAACCGGGCUGUGGUGAAACGGGAGCUGCUGACGGAAGUGGCAGGGAACUGCCACUACAAAGUCAACAACUUCCUGGACCAUAAGUACCCCCCAUUGCCUAAAUACCAGAUUCUCAGUGCUGCCAAGGCAAGGCUUGGGCAGGAGUUGCCAUACUCUUUGUACUCUGGCAACUGUGAGCAUUUUGUCACGGGUCUGCGCUAUGGCCACUCUUGCUCUAGUCAGGUGGAGACUGUGGAGACUGCAACUUUCCUGACACUGGGAUUAGGAGUUCUGGGCAUUUUAGGCUACUCCAUCAUGAAGCAACGCUCCCAAAAACAGUGACAGCCUGCAGGGACCACGUCCAGCCUGGGAACUUGGGGAGACAGAGGCUGAGGUUCCUCAACUUGACUCAUGCUGGGUCAGUUCUCAUUGUAGCUGAAGGAGAGACUCAGAAUUCUCUGAGAGAAGAAUCCAGAAAUUUCUCCAGGGCAUCCUCAGAAAAGACUUCCUUUGCUUUAGCUUCUGGUCCCAAAAGGAAGAGCAGAUCAAAUCAGGCUCUGGUGCUGCAAUCAACAUUUUUGAAGCUAAGAAACAACUCUUUAUGCUGAAUGGGAUCCCCUGAGCACGAAUGUCCCAAAGA